AACCGACUGGUAGAUCUACAUGGUACAUACUUGUCCAGUCGCGUCGAUGCAUGGAAGCUGCAACCUUUUGCUUUCUGGUUUUAUAGUCAUCUACUGCAGAGCUGUAGGAGAAGUCGGACAUAAGAUCAAGACGGCAAAAGCGACAACUGCUGGCUGAGCUUUUUGGCGUUGCUGCUGGAAAAGAUGGAGUCUUAUACAAGGACCGCGCUAAGAACGCUCGAAAACGUCCAGCUAAGUUUCUGACACUCAUACUUUUUGUUAAUUCAAGCACAACGUGAAGUAGUUUGGUCUUGAUGAACAUCCACCCUGAUACACAAGCUUGGCAUUUUGCACUCCUCUCAACAUUAUUCAGGCAAAGAGACAGCAGCCUUAGUCAGAAGAUUUGUGUGUUCCAUUUGCCCGGCCAUGUCAAAGAAAUCCAAACCCCUUGUUGGAGCCGACAUCGUGUGCGAGUUUCUGGAAGUGGCCUGGCACCAGAUCCUGUUCCUGCGCGACGUGUACCCGGCGUCUGUGUUCGGGCGCAGACGCAUGUACGGCACCUCCGUGCGCAUGUGCCUUCACCCCGACGUGAAUCAGUACAUCGCGCAGAGCCUGGAGGCCAUACGCGGCUGCUUGGUGCGCGGCGACGUCGAGACGAUCGUGCUGGUGGUGCGCAACCAGGCCGGACUCGUUGUCGAGCAGUACGUAUUCGAGGCGGCCGUGCCUGAGCGGCGCGAUCCAGACGAGUUUGAAGACCGCUACCUGCUGGAGGUGGAGGCGUCGCUGCGGGCUGCACUGCUCCGACUGACGACCUGUGCUGGUGGAUUGGGCAGCUUGCACGGGGAUGGCGUGACGUUUGCAGUGCUGGUGAAGACCCGGCGUGAUGCCGCCGAGAGGCUGGCAGUGCAGUCGGCAGCGCAGGUGCAGCCCAUGCACUGGUUGGAGGCGAACUGUAGCAGCGGCGGCGGUGGCGAUGGCGAUGGUGGCAGUGAGACGAUAGCAGCGCCCAACGACCUGCAUCCCAUCAACUCGUUCUCGUCGGAGCACGUCAAGCUGCAGGUGUUCGUUCAGACGUUGUCCAAGUCGCCGACGACACCACGCAAGCCGAGCCUCGACUGGUGAGCGACAUCAUCAUUGGCUCGUUUGACUAUCCAGCACUAUUCAAGUUGGCUCUUAUCUGCUUGAGGUGUUUCAUUGCUUACAACAAUGACGCUUACGGUAUCAAACCUUCUCCAGCGACACAUCUACACGGACUUCGAGCAGGCGGCGGUAGCAAUCCCUAUGGUUACUGGUCAUGCAGUAGACUGUUGCCACGGUGACACAUGUGCCGCUGCAGACCGAGAGCCGUGCUCACUCAGCUACUACCGGUGCCGAAGUAUUAUCCUGGAUGCAUGCUCGUAUUUGUGCUGUGCUUGCUGAUAGCUUUCGGGCCAUAGGAACCUGGAGAAAUGCGGAGCUUCGCGGUGCCACGUUGAAGGUUCACGCCGGUAUUAGUGCACACAGGCACGGUCACGAAAUCAGAGUGAAUCCUACCCCGGCUAGGAUCCUCGCUUUGCUGGUGUGAACUGUGAAGUUCUUCUCCGGCUUGUGUCUUUUACUCCGGUGACGUCAUCAAAAUCACCCAGAAGGUAUGCACGGCUUUGGCCCGCAAACUGCUCUCCGAGCUCCGGUGGGCUAUUGCCAUGGCCUCUGGUUUUCUGAUGGGAAAACGAGGGUGGGAAAUACUGCAGCCAACUGUCAGUCUCAUUGGUGUGAUGAGCAGCCUUCAUUUGAAGGUUUGGAGUCUGUGCGCAGCUUGAAUUAUGACUAUGCAGCUGCGCUGGUAUUUUCCUGAGGAAUUGAGACUCUACCGGGGUGACUGGCUGGAGUAUCGUCACUGCCGAAUGUCCCUACUGAGUUGGAGCAUUGCUUGAACUGAAAGUCCCAUCAUGUCUCAGUGAUUGAAAUUGUAUGCUACAUGUACAUUUACAGUCAUGUACAUGACUUUAAUAUACUAGGGUAGGGUAUCAGUACAGUGUUACGCACUCAAUAGUGGAGUCAAGACUACAUGUAACUGUGUACAUUGUACUCCACGUAGCUGACUUACUUUCAUCCAGGGAGUACUAGAACUGGGUUUUCGUACUGCCUUUCAAGUGUUUUCGUGGCCUGGCUUCUCAGUACACAGAUAUUGCAGACUAGAAUGAUGGCCACGAUAGUUUGCUGCUGAUUUCGCCUUUAUAAUAGCAUGUUUAAUUUCAUGUACGCUGUAUGUCUUUUUUUAACACGGUCAUAUUCUCAGUGGCACCGUUCUGAAUUCUGCUUUAGAUGGCCUUGCCCGCCCCUGGGUAUUGACUAUUGAGCACUGUUUGAGCAGUAGAAGUCA